GUUGUGUGAGAUCGUGUGUGUGUGUUCAUAUUUUCUACAUUUUUGUAAAUUAUUUUUUUAUACAAGUUUUUCUUUUUAAUUUUUUUUUAUUUAAUUUACACAAAAAAUAUACAACAUUUUGUAAAACAAAAACAAGAGAAAUCAAAUUAUCACUUAGUGCCUCAGAAAUUACUUUAAAAAAACGAAAUCUUAACGAAAAUUGUUAAUGAUUUAAAAAGAAAAACAAAGAAAGCAAAGAAAAAACACAGCCGAGAGUGAAAAAUUUAUUAGAAAAAUGUCGAAAAAUAAAUUUCAUACAUUACCAAAUGCAGCAGAUACAAAUAUCGUGGAAGUGAAAUCAAAGUUUGAUGCUGAAUUUCGACGAUUUGGUCUGAAACGUACCGAAGAACCACCAAGUUUUGAAAACUUUAGUGCUCUUGUCCGACAAUUGCACGGUCUCGUCAAUUUACAAUACCUAAUACGUUACAUUGAUCCACGCGAUCAUGAGCUACUGCCCAUCAACAACGAUGACAAUUUUGGACGUGCCCUCAAGACAGCCCAGCCCAUAUUGCGCAUUAUUGUACAGCGUGAGGAGGACAUCGAAUAUGGUCUGGCCAGACCACAGCGCAGUAAUUUCAAUAUAAUCAGUAUGUUGGGCCAAACGCCCGGUAAACCGAGAGCACCACCGAUAUCAAUGCCACAAGAUUUUCGUCAAGUUUCGGCUAUCAUUGAUGUGGACAUUGUGCCGGAAACACAUAGACGUGUGCGUUUGCUGAAACAUGGUAGUGAUAAACCGUUGGGUUUCUAUAUACGUGAUGGGACAUCGGUGCGUGUUACGCCCAGCGGUCUGGAAAAACAACCGGGUAUAUUUAUAUCACGUCUAGUGCCGGGUGGUUUGGCGGAGAGUACUGGUUUGUUGGCCGUAAAUGAUGAGGUUAUUGAAGUGAAUGGUAUUGAGGUGGCAGGAAAAACAUUAGAUCAGGUUACCGACAUGAUGGUGGCCAACAGCUCAAAUCUUAUUAUCACCUUCAAACCGGCCAAUCAACGUACCUUAACCUCUCCGCGUCGUGGUUCCUUUUCACGUACUAGUCAAUUGUCUAGUGGCUCGCAUCACACUAAUCACACCAACACAUCCGAUGAAUUGGAACAGGAUGAUCAAGACGAGAUUGUAGACUUAACCGGCGUAACAUUAGAUGAUAAUACCGGCAGCGGAGGCGGCGGCAGCAGUGCCAACGGUGAUGGUGUCUUACAUCUUUGAGUCACAACAUGUAAUUGUAAUGUUUACCCAUUAUUUUUUUAUUCUUUCUUUACAUAUUUUUCUUUCUCUAAUUUGAUUUGUUCAAAAUUAUUAUGUGGUUCCCCAAUUGUCUGUCUGUUUCAAAAGUUCUCGAAACAUUGAUUUUUUAGUUAGACUUUCAGUUUUCUCUUAAUAAGUUUGUUUAAUAAAAAAAAAGUAACACAUAUCUAUCGAUAUUUGAUUGCAGCAAAAGUGUUUUUUACUUUUGUGUUUGUAAAAUGCAUGAAAAAAUAAGAAAAUCAUUUAGUGUAGGAAAGGAAUUUGAAAGAAAAAUUAAGGGAAGUUUUUGAAUAGAAGGGAUUUUUUAUAGAUUUGAUGGAUUCUUGCUGUUAGAAUUAUUAUAAUGUAAAUAAUUUUUAAAAAUCCUCUAACUUGACUUUAUUCCAUACAUGUUUAAGCAAGAGAGACAAUGUUCAAAAUAUAAACAAAAACUUCCCUAAAUUUUUUCUUAAACAAACUCUUGUUCCUUUAAAGUCAAUUCAAAUUUCAUAAUUUUGUUUUCAUUAUUUAUUUUGUAAUUCUUCAGCCCAAAUUAACUAUUUAAUAACUGUCCUUAAAAACAAACAAACUUUUUACACAAUCGGUAUUUGUUGUAUUAGUAAUUUACAAGUAUUCUUUUAUUUUAACAAAAACAUUAUCAUUAUUAUUAUUAUUAUUUUAUCAUAUUAGUAGUUUUAAAAAUGCUUUAAAAAAUAUGUUAUUUACAAAUAAUUUUUGGUUACUUAAUUUUUUUCUCUACUAAGCCUGCCUAUUUCUGAACGUCCUUGUUUUUAAGAAAAAAAAUUCCCUCCAACAAAAAAUCAAACACAACAACAACACCUACACCUCUUUAUUGUAUUUUAUACUUUUAUUAAAUUUUUUUUGUUUUAUUUAACAUUCCAUUUUAACAUCAAUUAAUUAUAACAUAUUGAUAUAAAAACAAUUAUUACUUACACACACAAAAGAACACAUUUUUUUGUUUUAACACUUAAAGUAAUUUUAAGUUAUAAAACAUUUUCUAAGAAAAACUAAAAAAACAUAUUGUUUUAAAAACAAUUUAUGAAAAACAAAAAACACCUACAUACUUACAUACUUAAAAAAAGCCUUUUUAUAAACUCUUAUCUGAAUAUAAAAAUACAUAGUAGUUCCAAAACGUAAACGUAUAGGAAUUGAAAAUUAGCAAAGAGAUGUGUUAGAUACACUCUAAAAAAGAAAAUAAAAACACCACUAGCAAAAACAAAAGCCUUAAAGAUUUUUAAUAUUUAAGUAAUCAUGCAUAUUAAAAUCUAUAAAUCUAGUUACUAACUGCAAAACAAACACAUUCACUAUACUUAAAAUAUUGCACAAUUUUUAAUUUUAUUUAAAUUGAAUUUUCUUCAUAUGCUUGCUGACUUGAUGAGAACUUGACUUCCUCAUACAUUUAGCUUCAAUCGUCAUUAUUAGUAGCAACCUGCUUGAUUUGUGCCACUGAUGUUUUUAUGCAAGAAUUUAGGGCCACAGAAAUUUGAAACUUGUAGUCCUGCAACGUUUUGUCAAAUGUCAGCAGGACAAUAUCGUAGGUACUGAGUACUAAAAUGUAGCAGCAAAGGGAAACCUCUCAAGAAUGAUACUGGAGAUCUAGAAACAAGCUAGAGAUUAUAACACCAUCUCUAUUGCCAUAAGCAAUCUCCUACUAAGAAUCCGCAAAUUGUAGUAUCCGAUUGUGUCUCACAUAUCCAAAAUACAAAUAUGUCUUCAGAUUGCCCAACAGUCACAGAAAUACGUAAUGCAAUAAAUGUUUUAGCGUUAUAAAUCUUCAGGCUUGAAUAAUAUCUUUUCUGAAUUACUUUUAGCUUAUACCACCAGCAACGCUCACUUUGGUCAUCAUGUCAAAGUCUUAGAAUUCGUGUGGAGCUGUUAGUUGAGUGGAACUCAUCCCUGUAUCUCGUCUUAGAAUUCGUGUGGAGCAGUUAGUUUAGUGGAAGUCAUCCCUGUAUCUCGCUUUCCUAGAUUUUGAAAAAGCUUUUGAUACCUUGAACUACUCCGCAAUUUGGAACUCACUGGAGUGCAACCUCAUCAAAAAUCUUGGCGAAUCCUGUAUGAAAAACAACUGAGCAACAAAAUCGCUGUCUACCAUCGCCAUUGCUUUUCAAUUACGUCCUCGACUUAGUGAUGAAAAAUGCUAUAAAUCAAGCGAAAUCAGCAACUCGAUGACGUGAUUACUUUCUGCUACUUCGACAUCAUUAUUAGUAUUAUUUCAGCAGAUUUCAGAUUCAUUGCGAUUUGUUGCUAAAAUUUUUAUUUAGAAAUUUCUGUAUUUACAGAUUUUUUCGAUACAAGAAAUAGAAAAUCAUUUGAUUAACAAUAAAUUCGGUUACCACAACUAAAUAAAAUUAUGGAUAUAAUCGAAUCAUUCGAUUGGCAACAAAUCACAAUGAAUCUGUGCUAAAAUAAUGCUGUAGAUACAGAAAUUUCUAAAUAAAUAAUUAUGCUCCUCCAAUGUGAUCACCUUCGUUGAAAAAUGCCGACUUAAGUCUAUUGGAAGUACUUCCACGUAAUGAACAACAAAUCAUGUUGUCAAAACAGGUCACCCCGGCAUGUAUCAGAAGAUCAUCCUAGCAUCAAUAUUAUAAAGCUGGAGCCUCCCACAAGGAGAACAUACAAAGUCAUGUGCAGGAUCCAUUGGAUCGCAAUUCGUAUACUGCAGCUUUGAAACACAUUCAUAGAGACGCCAUCAAUACCGUAUACCGCAUGAAUGGCAAUACAGGAUACCGCAAAUGAGGUCGGGAUGGAGCAACGGCUCGAUAGUUACUGGUACCGCUUAGACCGUAUUAUCCCAAAUGAAUGGCUAGCAUGUGGUCAGGGUUCCCAUAAUAGCCCCUUCAUAUUCAUGGAAGCGAAAAAUUAUGAUGGAAUUAUCCAAACUAAGAUUACAAUGGAACGAGAUCUAACAUCGAGCGGAAGAUCGUAUUUAUUAACAUCCUGCGGACAUUUGACAAAAAGUGUAAGAAACUUAGAGUGUCACCAGAUAGUUCUGUUGCAAAUGGUAGCUCGAUCUGGAAAUUGCCAGCAGGGUUUAUUUGCAAUAGGGCUCAGACAGGCUGCGAGUUGUACAUUUCAGGGUCUCUGAUAAUACUGAUAUGUCGUACGAUUGUGACUAAAUAUAUGAGAAAGUCUUAAGGUCACUAAUAAAUUUAAAAAUUUUAAAAGUAUUCAAAAAUUGUUCAUAAAUCUGGUAAAUUUUUUUUAAAAAAUUCUAAUAAAAUAAAUAAAGUAGAUGCAAUUUUAUUAGCUUUGUUCGUUCUUGCUAUUUUUUUUUUUUACUAUUUUUACUUGGUUUGGAAAUUUUCAAUACAACAAGUAAACAAAAUAUUGGAAAAUAGUAAAACUAACAGUUAAAUGAACCGACUGUUGAACUCCAUUUUUCAAAUUCAUAAAAAAAUUCAAACAAAGAUUUCCAAUAAUAAUAAAAUUUAAAAUUGUGUAUUCAUAAACCCUAAAUAAAACGAAAAACUUAAACAAUAACAAUAAAUCAUAUUAAAUAUGUUUAAAAAACACUAAUUUCUAAUUAAAUAUCACAAAACAAAUAAUUUGUAAUAAGUCCGUCUCUUUUUUGUCUUAAUUAUGUUAAACUAUUUACAAGCAAUUAAUUAAUUAAUGAAUUAAUUUAUAAUUGUUUUAUAAACUACAUUCCUAAAACAAAUGUAAAUCAUUUGAUUAUUUUACUAUAUAUGUAUGUUUAAAAUGUGUUGUAUUUUCUUGUUUAUUUUAUUUCCACUUUAAAAAUAUACAUUUAUGUAUUUAUAUUUAUUGUUUUAUUUUAUAUAUGUAUGUUUUUUUCAUAUUUACAAUGCAUUCUUUGUAUUUGUAUUUUAGUUUAUUAUUAAUAAUAAUAAUUAAAAAUAGCAUUCCCAUAAACAAAAGAAAAUCUAUAGAUUUAUUUUCAAAACAUUUUCCAUAACCUUAGUAUCAAAUCAAUUUCAUUUCAUCUAAAACAUCAAAAUUACAUUUUAAAAUAAAAUAAAAGAGUAAAAUAAGCAUGUGUCUUAUAGUUCUAUAAGAAUAAAAAAACAAAAACAAAAUAAUGAAAUAAAACAAAUACAAACAAUUUAAAUAAAACUUUAAA